AUGCGUAUGAAUAUUGUGCACAUAGCACGAGGCUUUCUAAACUCGAUAUACCAGUGUUGCAGGAAUGCAAGCAGUAGCAGAAGAGAGAAGCAAGCGCCAGAGCCAACCGGCGAGCUGCUGAGCCGAAGUCUACAAACAGAGAUAGCAAUUUCAGAGAUUGAUUCCAGAUGGUGUUUGUAUAGCACUUGUUUGCAGGAAGUGUACAUCGCAGUUCCGUUACAUAGACGACGAUCUCGACUCUCGAGUCCGUUGCCUGUGUCGGUGUCCUCGAACGAAGAAUUGCUACGAUCAUCAUUUUCCGGCGGAGUUCAACCAGUCAUUGAUGCGCGAUGCCGAAUAUUCCAGAAAUGGUAUGCUCAUCUUUGCAUUUCUCUCAACGUUUCUUUUUAUCAACAACUACCAUCACUUUCGUCCGUUGAUUCUAGUCGGGAGGAAGAUGGACAGGAACUGGGAAUUCUCGAGUGCUAG